AUGGCGGAGCAGCCUCCUCAUCUGAGAAUAACACUCAACGAUAUCCUCAGCUUCCCGUACCGUCUCUGUCAUCCUCCUCCCGCAGUAGGCAAAGUCAGGUCCUGGAGCGUCACACCAUUCGUCGAUGUCAAGCUCGAUGAUGUCCUCGCUCGGAAACACAUCCCCCCGCUCGGCCUAAAGGAUUUCGAGGAGUAUCUCAUCUUUGUUGAGCAAGCCCCCGAAAACCUUUACUUCAUCCUAUGGCUUCAGGACUACACCGCGCGCCACGCCACCUGGGGCCAGCGCGCGCAGGUCGCUCGACCAGCCGGCGGCAACACCCUCCCCCCAGACUCCUCCCUCGCACUCUUCUACGCACGCGCGAAACAGACGUUCUUCACGCCCAACGCCGCUUUCGAGCUUGACGUCCCCUCGGACAUUCUCGCUCCGUUCCACGCGCCAUCGUUCCGGUCCAACUCCCCUGGGAAUCGCGUACGGUCUUAUUCGCUUCAGUGGCAGGCGCAGGUUGUGCACCCGGACCCAUCAAUAUUCAACGAUUUGGAAGCCGAGGUCAGGCUCAAACUUGAGCAAUCGCUUUCCGAGUUUAUUCGGGCGGCGUCUACUAACGUUGGCUCAACAAGGGCAGCAUGUGGUAUCACUGCGGGUAUUACGUUCCUUCUCCUUGCCGGCUUAGUUCCUCUGGUACUCGAAACCGGAAAUUGGACUAUGGGGCCGCAUAGCCGGCUCAUGCGUCUCGUCUCGCUGCCCGGCAUCUGGCUCGGGCUGACUAUUCUCAUUGCUAGUCUCCAUGGCGUAUGCAUCAUGAUCUAUGUCUUCGGUGAUAUCCGUCAACUACGCAAAUUCGAGCUCGAACGUCCACCUAUCUCAAGACCGAUCCCCGUCGGACCAGUGACCAACCCAACGCUUCCUAAGCCGGCGAUGACGGUUGCGCCCGCACCGUGCCCACCAGUUGUGCAGCCCCCAAGUCAGAAUGACAGCCAAGGCUCUCGCCAGAUCAUGCCUCCUUCUGAGCCACAAACUACACAUUAUUUUCCGUCCACCGCAUCGCUCUCGUCUGCUCAUUCUUCCAGCGAGGAUGCAUGCGACGAAAUAUCAUCCAUUGAGUCAUUCGACAUUUCCCCAGCCUACUUUGAUCCUUUCCCCGCACCCGAAGGGCCAGCCACGUCCGCCGCAUUCUACCGCACUACUGCGAUGCCUGUCCAUUCUCUGCCUCCACAACCUUCACCCCCAGCACGGGUGGCCGUGGACCCUAACGCGUGCGCCUUCCCGGCGGUGACGUAUAUACCCCCUGACGUCCGCGCGCGGCACCCGCAUCUCGCGUCUUACACACACCCUCUUCCCCGACCCCAAUCAACCCGCGCGAAUGCCUCUGUAACGCCGGCGGUAGGAGCACGCUUUAUUCCACCCGAUGACCUCGAACCUGCUUCUCCGUGUGAUACCUCUGCAACCGCCAUUGAACGCUGCGAGGACGCCGCCGACGAGCUCGAGAGGGGAUACCGCAAGGAUAGGCCCUGCCCGGAGCCAGCGAAGCCCGUGUUCGAUUUCGAUCUGCUGCCUAUUCCUGUGAAACCUAUGCCAGCGGCUGUCAACAAGCCGCUGCCGAGCAUCCCCCCUCGCAAGUCCUCGACGGCUUCCGAACAGCACCACCAGAGAACGCCGGAGUCCAUCCUCGGACGCAUCCAGUACAAGUGCAACACAAGGGCGUACCACGCUGACACCAGCGCCGUUUCGGAGAAGUACACGGGCUCCCCCGGCCAACCGCACUCCUCUCCGAGUCGAGGGAGCGGCGGCCCGGGCCUCCUUUCGUCCGCCCGUGCGCUCGUUCUCCCGCGCUUCACGGCGCAUGUGCCGUUCCUUACGCCCGUCACGCGCGUGCGCUCGCCGGUCGUCGUGCGCGCGCAGUGGGAGGUGACGGUGCGCUCGGCGGCGCUCGCGCUCGUGAUUUCGGCGGUGUUGAUGGGCGUUGUUGUUGGUGCUGUUCCGUGAGUGGGGUAACUCGUUGACGGACACUGGCAGGAGGACCUUGGUUGGUGUUUGUCAGAUGUGCGAACACUUGAUAUACCCUCAUGUUGGUAUUU